CCGCCCCCGAAGUUUGUUGUGACCGGCGUUCCGGACGCUUGUGGCGGCUGCGGCCGCAGGACCGGGCCGCGGCGCCAGCAUGGCGGUGCGACAGGCGCUGGGCCGGGGCCUGCAGCUGGGUCGGGCGCUGCUGCUGCGCUUCACGGCCAAGCCUGGCCCGACCUACGGCUGGGGGCGGCCUGGGCCGGCGGCGGGCUGGGGCCGCGGAGAGCGCCGGGGCUGGGCCGCAGGACCCGGAGCGGAGCCGCGCAGAGUCGGGCUUGGACUCCCCGACCGCUACCGCUUCUUCCGCCAGUCGGUGGCCGGGCUGGCGGCGCGGCUGCAGCGGCAGUUCGUGGUGCAGGCCCGGGGCGGUGCGGGCCCUUGCGGCCGGGCCGUCUUUCUGGCCUUUGGGCUGGGGUUGGGCCUCAUCGAGGAGAAGCAGGCGGAGGGCCGGCGGGCGGCCUCGGCCUGUCAGGAGAUCCAGGCAAUUUUUACCCAGAAAAAUAAGCUGAUGCCUGACCCACUGGACACUAGACGCUGGCAGGGCUUCCGGCUGGAGGAGUAUCUGAUAGGGCAGUCCAUCGGCAAGGGCUGCAGUGCCGCUGUGUACGAAGCCGCCAUGCCUGCGUUGCCCCGGCACCUGGACGUGGCAAAGAGCAUCGAGCUGCUGCCAGCGAGAGGCCCAGAUGUCAUCCCGCGAGGAGAAGAGGAGGCGCGAGUGGCAGGGGCCCCUGCUUUCCCCUUAGCCAUCAAGAUGAUGUGGAACAUCUCGGCGGGCUCUUCCAGCGAAGCCAUCUUUAGCACGAUGAGCCAGGAGCUAGUCCCAGCUAGCCGAGUGGCCUUGGCCGGGGAGUAUGGAGCAGUCGCUUACAGAAAAUCCAAGGGCGGUCCCAAGCAACUGGCCCCUCACCCCAACAUCAUCCGGGUUCUCCGCGCCUUCACCUCGUCUGUGCCACUGCUGCCAGGGGCCCUGGUCGACUACCCUGAUGUGCUGCCCCCACGUCUCCACCCAGAAGGCCUGGGCCACGGCCGGACACUGUUCCUCGUCAUGAAGAACUAUCCCUGUACCCUGCGCCAGUACCUUCGCGCGAACACCCCCAGCCCACGCCUCGCCACCGUGAUGACCCUGCAGUUACUGGAGGGUGUGGAUCAUCUGGUUCAACAGGGCAUCGCACACAGAGACUUAAAAUCCGACAACAUUCUCGUGGAGCUGGACGCAGACGGCUGCCCCUGGCUGGUGAUCACGGACUUUGGCUGCUGCCUGGCUGACGCGAGCAUCGGCCUGCAGUUGCCCUUCACCAGCUGGUACGUGGAUCGCGGCGGCAACGGCUGCCUGAUGGCUCCCGAGGUGUCCACGGCCCAUCCUGGCCCCAGGGCAGUGAUUGACUACAGCAAGGCUGAUGCCUGGGCAGUGGGAGCGAUCGCCUACGAAAUCUUUGGGCUUGCCAAUCCCUUCUAUGGCCAGGGCAAGGCCCACCUUGAAAGCCGCAGCUACCAAGAGGCUCAACUGCCUGCACUGCCCGAGUCGGUUCCUCUAGACGUGAGACAGCUGGUGAGGUCACUGCUCCAGCGAGAGGCCAGCAAGAGACCAUCUGCCCGAGUUGCUGCAAAUGUGCUUCAUCUCAGCCUCUGGGGUGAAGAUAUUCUGGCCCUGAAGGAUCUGAAGUUAGACAAGAUGGUUGGCUGGCUCCUGCAGCAGUCAGCCGCCACUCUGCUGGCCAGCAGGCUCACCGAGAAGAGUUGUGUGGAAACCAAAAUGAAGAUGCUCUUUCUGGCCAACCUGGAGUGUGACGCGCUCUGCCAGGCAGCCCGCCUCCUCUGCUCGUGGAGGGCAGCCCCAUGACGGCUCUGCCUAGAGCUGGUGAAUUACUAAAAGAGCUUAGCAGCAC